UCGCCAUUUAGCUGAUAGGACCGACGAGCCUUAGCAAGCAUAUGUAGAUGGAGUUUAAUCCAAAAUAAAGAAAUUAAUCACAGCAUUAUGUUAUGUUUUGAGGGAAGGCUUUAGGCUUGUUUUGCUUUUCGUGUAACUAGUUGUUUGAAAGAUACUAGGAAGCUAGCUUGCUUUAUGUUUGCGAACUAAAUAGCGCAAACUAACGUUAUCAGUGGUGGAUGCAGGCAGCUGGCUAGUUAGCAAGCUAUUGUGUGAUACGUUGCUAAGUUUUUUUUUUUGAAUGGCUCUUUAUUAAUAUCUUGGUGGUGUUUUCUCCUUUGCGUCUGUUUAUUUCCCCAGUCUCAGUGAGAAACCGGCACGACAUCGCAUUAGCUAGCUAGCCAGUGGUGUGUUCAGUAAUAGAUAGGCAGCUUGCCAGUGGUAUCGGUGAUGUGUUCGGAAGCCAGUUAGCUGGCUAGCUUAUUCGUCAGCGAACUUAGCUUACUAAUAAAUCAUUUAGCGAUGCUAUGGAUACUGCAAUUACGUGUAGCGUACUAGCUUAAGACGAAGAUAUUUGUAGAACACGUACAACCUGUUUUCUAAAUCAAUAAUCGCUUUCAUCACCACAGUAACGUUGGCUAUUUGGUUUUUCUGACUAGCUAGUUAGGUCUUGACCGUGUGACAGUUUUGUACCGUCCGCAGUGAGGAGGGAGGCGGCUUCCCGGGCCUGUGUGUUUGAUAAAGUCUGGCUUGCAGUAGCACUGUCAGUAUUCAGUCGAGUCGGACACGCGUUCAGACGGCGCCACAACAAACGUUUCGGACUAGUGUGUCGAUGGAUAAAACAACGUGCCGGGCAAAAAAUGACUUCGACUGAUCGUUGUAGCUUUUAACCGCUUGCUGUAGCUACGUCUAAGGAGAAACUGCACACAUGGAAACUCGGAACUGUCAUUUUUGUCUGUUGUUAGGAAAACAAAGGACCUUCACGUUCUAAUCUUGGUCUAGUCCGGACGAACUAAAAAAAGGGGUGAACCGCAGUGGAUUUUGCUGUGCACUGUUCCUUGAUGACCGUGAACUACAGUAUAGUUUAUGGCGAAAACUAAACGCAGAAGAAAUUAUCGAGGUCAACGCAACCGAAACAUUAGUUGUAGCCGGACGGGACUAGACAACAUCCCCCCAUCUCUCUUCUGGCACUCCGGAGCCGAAGCUAACGAGAGUCAAAGGAGUAACAUUGAUUGGCUUGCUUGCUACACAGUUAUUGUUUUACUGUAACGUAAACCAUACUAAGUAUUCAAUCUUGAAGUGGCCUUUUCCAGCCGUGGUUUUAACUUACUAAAAAUACACCCGUCAAACACUGUCGCUAUGGAAUGUAUCGCAUGCUAGCUAGCUACUUGCUAACGACGCGUGUGCUCGGAUCUGCGGUCAUCUCAUUCUAGCUGAUGUUAGUUCAUCGUUUUGCACAUUUUGGAAGACCAGUUGUGGCCAUAUAUUGUGCAUUUAUUUUUGCUUGGAAAUACCACUGCAUUCCAGUUGCCUACAGACUAAUCCGAAGUGAAGAAAAAUGGCUGUGACGACAAGAAAGUGAUCCUGGACCUAGGUGCUGAUUGUGCACCCCUGUCGCCCACAUUGACGGACAGAAGACCAAGCUCCCCGCUCUUAACGGUUGUCUCUUUUGCUCAAUGAAUGUGCCGUGGUUACUGCAGGAUGGAUGGUGUGGAUUUGACGGUCCUUGUGUGUCAGCAUCAGCGCCUGCUAUUCUGUGACUCUGUCUUGUUCUUUUCCAUUUAUAAAAGAACACCCCCUCUUCUGGGCCCGGACCCUGUGCGCUGUAAAAGCAUUAACCAUCAGUGACACACAGGUGGGGCUACCCCACAAACUCCUCAGAGUUCUUCAGAGAAAUUUUUUUUCUCUUUUUUUUUUUGUUUUUGUUUUAAUUUUAUAGUUUUACUUUUGCGUCCCAGGAGUUUUUUUUUUGAAGAGGAGUUCAGCUCAAGGAACAGCGAAAUUGAAAAGAGGAAAAUUCGGUUGGCUGUAGUAAUUUGCCGCUCUCCUUGUGUCUGUCUUCGUUUCUGCUGCUGCUCACGUUAACCCAAACGAGAAAGAAAGAAAGAUGUCUGAAAACCCCAACAAGGUCGUGACCUUCCUGGCCCCUCCUCCCCCUCCCCCGAAAAACGGUAACGGUUCCAGCUCCGACUCGCUGGUUGCAGAGAAGCUGGGCGACGUCCGGCGGCGCCGCCACACCAUGGACCGGGACCUGAAGACGGCCGAGCACCGCUUCUUCCGCCGCAGCGUCAUCUGCGACUCCAACGCCACCGCCCUGGACCUGCCCAGCAAGGCCUGCAUCCUCACCACCCCGCCCGACUGCGAGCCCGCCGUGGCCGCCGCCGGGCUCGGCUCCGCCCCCUGCCUGGCCUCCGAGCCCGACGCCGCGGGCGCCCAGGCGGUGGCCGAAGAGCCGGGGGGGCGGCGCGAAGCCGGGGCGGACGGCGCGGCGGAGGAGGCGAGCCCGGCGGGGCGGGACGCGCUCGACGGGGCGGAGGAGCGGUCCUCCUCGGCCCCUCCCGGGACGGCGGAGGAGGCGCGGAGCGAGCCGGGGCGAGGGCCCGAGGGCGAGGACGCCGAGGCGGAGAAGCGCGAGGAAGAGGAGAAGGGGGCCGCCAAGGCCCGGGCGGAGGCCGAGCAGCGGGAAGCCGAGAAGAAGGUCAUCGACGACAUCGAGGAGGUGGAGACCAAGGCCGUGGGCACCUCGCCCGACGGCCGCUUCUUAAAGUUCGACAUCGAGAUCGGCCGCGGCUCCUUCAAGACCGUGUACAAGGGCCUGGACACUGAGACGACGGUGGAGGUGGCGUGGUGUGAGCUGCAGGACCGCAAGCUGUCCAAGUCGGAGCGCCAGCGCUUCAAGGAGGAGGCGGGCAUGCUGAAGGGCCUGCAGCACCCCAACAUCGUGCGCUUCUACGACUCCUGGGAGUCCCCCUCCAAGGGCAAGAAGUGCAUCGUCCUGGUGACCGAGCUCAUGACCUCCGGGACCCUCAAAACGUACCUGAAGCGCUUCAAGGUGAUGAAGAUCAAAGUUCUGCGCAGCUGGUGCAGGCAGAUCCUGAAGGGCCUGCACUUCCUGCACACCCGGGCCCCGCCCAUCAUCCACCGCGACCUCAAGUGCGACAACAUCUUCAUCACGGGCCCCACCGGCUCCGUCAAGAUCGGCGACCUGGGCCUGGCCACGCUGAAGAGGGCCUCCUUUGCCAAAAGUGUCAUAGGUACCCCUGAGUUCAUGGCGCCUGAGAUGUAUGAGGAGAAGUACGACGAGUCUGUGGAUGUGUAUGCCUUUGGGAUGUGUAUGCUGGAGAUGGCUACCUCAGAGUACCCGUACUCCGAGUGCCAGAACGCGGCACAGAUCUACCGCAGAGUCACCAGCGGAGUGAAGCCGGGCAGCUUUGACAAGGUGGCCAUCCCCGAGGUGAAGGAGAUCAUCGAGGGGUGCAUUCGCCAGAACAAAGAUGAGAGAUACGCCAUAAAGGACCUGCUGAACCAUGCCUUCUUCCAGGAGGAGACCGGGGUGCGUGUGGAGCUGGCUGAGGAGGACGACGGGGAGGUGAUCGCCAUCAAGCUCUGGCUGAGAAUUGAAGACGUCAAGAAGCUCAAGGGCAAGUACAAGGACAACGAGGCCAUCGAGUUUUCCUUCGACCUCAACAAGGACGUCCCCGAAGAUGUGGCCCAGGAAAUGGUGGAGUCUGGCUACGUGUGCGAGGGGGACCACAAGACCAUGGCCAAGGCCAUCAAGGACCGCGUGUCGCUGAUCUGCCGCAAGCGAGAGCAGAGGCAGCUGGUGCGGGAGGAGCAGGAGAAGAGGAAGCAGGAGGAGGAGCGGCAGCAGGUGGAGCUGCAGAAGGCCGCCCAGGCCGCCUCCGGAGGGGCCUCGGGGGUCCCGCAGAGCCAGGGCGCCCCCCAGCCGGCCACCUCCGGCCCCGCCCCGGCGCAGACCGAAGCGGAGGAGCCCGAGGCGGACCAACACCAGCCGCCGCAGCUGCACUACCAGCAGCCCGGCAUCUCUAUGGCAUCGGACGGGACGGUGGACAGUGGCCAGGGGUCGUCGGUGUUCUCGGAGCUGCAGCAGAGCCAGCCCGGCAUGUCCUUCGCCUCCCUGCCUCCCCAGCAACCCCAGCACCAGGGCCUGCCCUCCAGCCAGGCCUCGUACCCGCCCCCCACCCCCCAGCACGCCGCCUACCCGCAGCAGCCCAUGCCGCAGUCUGUGACUCAUCAGUUCAGUGGAGGGGCGCCGGCCCUCCCCGACCCCCCGAUAUUUUUCCCCACCAUCCUGGAGCGGCCCGUCUCCUUCUCGCCGCCGCCCGCCUGCCCGCCCAAAAUGAUGAACGUCCAGCGGCGCAAGAGCACGUCCAUCCUGGAGGCGCACACGCGCCACUUCCAGCCCGCCUACCGGGCCUACGGCAGCAGCCUGCACCCCUUCGCGGGGGCGGAGGGGAUGGGCGGGGCCGGGGCGGAGCCCCCGCUGCUGCUGGUGGAGGCCCUGCACGGGCAGGGCGCGGCGGAGCAGCAGCUGUACGGGUACAAGGAGGCGCGGGCGGAGCCGCAGGAGGAGGUGGUGCGGCGGCUGAGCCUGAACCAGGCGGCGCUGCUGGACCACUUCGAGGCCAUGGCGUACGGCGGGUUCCCCGUCUCCGCCCACCAGCUCAGCCAGCUGGGCUACCACCAGCAGAUGCAGGCGGCCGGCCUGGCCUACGAGCCGCCGCAGCCCGGCCCGGCCUACCUGCACCCCCACGUGCAGGGCCACGUGCGCCUCACCCACAGCCCCGUCCCCACGCUGCCUCCCAUGAGCGCCUCCGGCUCGGUCUCCUCGGCCCCCCCCGGCCCCGUGUCCGCCGCCGACCCCUGCUACCCGCAGGUCUCCUUCCCGCACUCGGCGCCCCCCUUGCUGGCCCACACCGGGGAGCCCGUCCCCGCCGGCGUCUUCGAGUUCCACCUGCACAACGUGUCGGCGGACCCCGCCCUGCUGGCCUCCAGACUGUACCGGGCCCGGCGCGGCUCCAUGGACCUGAACCUGGAGGAGCCGGCGUGCGCGGCGGGGGCGCUGUGCGGCCGCCUGCAGCCCGUCACCGAGGAGCUGUACAGCUACGCCAGCCCCGAGCUCCCUCUGCCCCCGGGGAGCCUGCUGCUGCACGGCCCCAAGGACCGCAGCCCCGAGCCCUCCAGCGACUCCCUGGCCUCCUCCGACGCCGGCGAGUUCCACUCCCCGCCCCCGCACGCGGGCCCGCCCUCCGGGGAGCCGUCCGCCGCCCAGUCCAUCCCCCACGCCUCCUAUUACGCAGCGGAGAGCACCGCGGCCGACGCCCACCCGCCCAGCCAGCCCACCUUUCUGUUCCUCCCGCCCUCGGAGGGCCCGGGGACGGCCGCCUCCCACGCUGCCCUGCUGCACGGCUGGGCGCGGCACGCCCCCUACCAGCCCGACCUCUCUUACCACGAGUCCGCCCUGGCACUGCAGGGCUCCGCUUUGCAGCAGGUGUCGGUGGCCCCGCCCUCAGUCCCGCCCACAGCCCUGGCCCCCAGCUCCCAGCAGGGUCCCGUCCCCCUCCAGCAGUACGGAGGUUACUACGUCCCAGCGCUCCCUCCGCAGGUGGCCCCCCAGCCGGCCCCAGUGUCCCUCCCCUCCCAGCCCGUUGCGUCUCUGCCCCUACAGCAGCAGGGCGGCGCCACUGUCACUCAGAGCUCACAGCCCCACCUGCAGCCAAGCCCACUGCCUGCACAGGUGGGCUUCCCUCCGCCUUCCCUUCCGGUAACCAUGGCGCCCGGCGCGCAGGCGCCCCCCGCGGCGGUGUCGCUGGUCGCCGCGGCGCUGCCCGUGCCGCCGCCCGCCUCUGCCGCGCUCCCGCCGCCUAACGCCGCCCAGCUGCCUCCUCAAACGAUGCCUCAGCCGCUGGCCCCCGUCGCCGUGCCAACCGUCCACGCCGGCGCCGCCCCGGCAGAGCUGCCCUAUCAGGCGGGAGACGCUGCUCACCAGGCGGCUCAGACUGUGCCUCAGCCUCAGCCUCAGCCUGUGCCAUCGGAGCCGACGCAGGGACAAGCGGCGCAGGUGCCCUCUUCCAUGGAGAGCGGCCACUCGGACGUGGCGUCCGGUCUGAGCGACGGGAACGAGGGGGCGUCGGCCACGGGCGGCAGGCACGAGGGCCGCUCCGCCAAGCGGCACCAGCGCCGGUCCGUCCGCAGCCGGUCCCGCCACGAGAAGACGGGCAAGGCCAAGCUGAACGUGCUCAAUAUCUCCAGCAUGGGUGACCGAGUAGCCGAAUGCCAGCUGGAGACGCACAACAGGAAAAUGGUCACUUUUAAGUUCGAUCUGGACGGAGACAACCCAGAGGAAAUUGCACAGAUCAUGGUCCAGAGCGAGUUCAUCUUGGAGAGCGAGCGCGAGUCGUUCAUCGAGCAGGUGCGCGAGGUCAUCGACAUGGCCGACGACACAGGCCUGGAACGGGAGGGCAUGAAGGAAGGGUACAGCCAGAUGGCACAGGAAGUGCCCGCGAUUGCUGUUCCUCUCCAGUCAGGUGACUCUCAGAGCUCCACCACGCAGGUGGUCCACUCGGCCGGCCGCAGGUUCAUCGUCAGCCCCGUGCCCGAGUCCCGGCUCAGAGAGCAGUUUUUCGCGCACCCUGCAGCGCCCCCUCCAGUCCAGGAAGACCCCGUAGCAGCAGCCCCGGCGGUGGCCGUGGGGCAGGGCCUGUCCCUGUCGGCCUCGGCGGUCAGCCUGCAGCAGGCCUUCAUCGAGAUGCGGCGGAGCCAGUACGACCCGGGCCCCAGCACCGCCCCCGCCUCCGUCCACCUGCCCAACAUGCUCAGCGUGGGGGGGCUCGUGGUGGACACCUGCGUGACGCCCAGCGCCCACCCCCUCGCUCCCAUCACCUCCCCGCCCCUGGCCCAGUCUCAGGCCCAGGCCCUGGCUCAGGCCCAGGCCCAGGCUCAGGCUCAGGCUCAGGCUCAGGCUCAGGCUCAGGCUCAGGCUCAGGCCCAGGCUCAGGCCCAGGCUCAGGCUCAGGCUCAGGCUCAGGCCCAGGCCCAGGCUCAGGCUCAGGCUCAGGCUCAGGCCCAGGCUCAGGCUCAGGCUCAGGCCCAGCUCCCAGAGCAGCCUGUCCCCGCCCCCGCCCCCGUCAGCCCCCCCAGCUCCUCCUCACCUCCCCCCGUCGUGCAGCAGGCCCCGGCCCCCACCCCCACCCCCGCCUCCCUCCCCACGACUGCCCCCUCCCACGCCCAGCCGGCCCCGCCCUCUGUGCCCCCUGCCGUCACCCGGUUGCUAGCACUGUGCCCCAGCCCCCCUCCUCCACGUCCCCUCCGGCGGCGCCUCUGCCCCAGAGCACCCCCGCCUCCUUCCCCUCACCUCUCCGUCCGGCCCUCCCGGCCCGCAGCCCCCUGUGUCCGAACCCCAGGCCGGGGGCGCUGGAGCAGGGAGCGCCGAGCAGCAGCCUCCGGCCUCCACCGUCCCCGCCACCCCCGCCCCCGGCCCCGCCUGACCACGGUCACCCAGGCCCCCCCGCUCAGCACCACCGCCGCCGUCCCCGGCGCCGCCGCCCCCGUCCUCGUCCCGUCCUCCGCAGCCCCCCUCCUGCCCCCGGGCGUGGGGCUGCUGCCCGUCACCGCCACCAUCCCGGUGGUGCAGCCCACGCUGGUGCACGGCCAGCCGCAGCCCUCCACCACGCCCAACCAGGCCCACGCCCACUGCGGCGAGUGUGAGGGCGACCCGCAGGCCAAGGCGCCCGGCAUCGACGACAUCCAGGCCCUGGACAAGAAGCUGCGCUCUCUCUUCAGCGACCUGGGCUCGGGCCUGUCCUCCCCCCAGCCCGACGCCUCGGGCGACCCCACUGGCGCCCCCAGCGUCCCCGGGACCUCCUCCCCCACCAACACCAUCUCCUCUGGCUCAGGGGCCCCCCUGCCCCCCACCAGUUUACCGCUGGGCCCCAGCGGGCAGCUCACCACCAGCCCCGCAGCCACCCCAGGGCAGACUGCCACCCCGGUCACCUACAGCCAGACCACCCCAGCCAAGGCCACACUGUCCAGAGUCCCGGUGUUGCCUGUUGGCUCAGAGCAGGCUGGCAUCACACCCAUCGAGCAGUUGGCACCCUUCCCUGGACCUUGUCUAACUCAGUCCCAGCAGCCCUUGGAGGACCUGGACGCCCAGCUGAGACGGGCCCUGAGCCCGGAGACCGUCCCCAUCAGCAGCGUCGCGACCCAGUCUCCGGUGGUUGGAGUGUCCUCAGGUGUACAGCCAGUGCCCUUCUCUCUUGCUGCUGAGGCGGAGACGGUGGUCGCACCCGCCCCUGGAGGGUUCAAACUGGGACGAUUCCAGGUGUCUGUGGCUACAGAGGAGGCCCACAGCCCCGCCCCUCCCACCUCAACGGACGACUCCUCUUCCUCCACCACGCGCUCCGUAGCCUCCUCCUCCUCUUCCUCCUCUGCGCCCUCCAGCCCGGAGAACACGCUGCACAAGGCCUCCCCUCCUCUCCGGGGGUCGGGGGGCGACGUGGUGGACGGCCUGCCCCCCCAGCCCGCCGCCGCCGCCGGCGCACAGCCCACCACCAUCGGCCGCUUCCAGGUGACCACCAGCGCGGACACCAAGGUGGGCCGCUUCUCUGUCAGCCGGGCUCAGGACGAGGCCCCUCCCCCCGUCCGCACCCCCGCGGCCGCCCCCCCGUCCACCCUGCCCAACGGCCCCGCCCUCAGCCCGGACACCAAGGCCUCCCUGCCCAACCUCAACAACUCCUUCAACUCCUACCCAAGCAGCGACAACGACUCUGAGUUCGAGGACGAGGACUUCAAGAGGGAGGUCAACCGGCUGCGGGAGAAGCACAUGAAGGAGAUCCAGGCCUUGCACAUGCGGCAGAAGGAGGAGAUCGACGCCCUGUUCGCCCGGCUGGGGAAAGUGCCCCCGCCGGUGGUCAUCCCCCCCGUGGUGGCCCCGGCCAGCCGCAGGAGGCGGCCCACCAAGAGCAAGGGCAACAAGUCCAGCCGCAGCAGCUCACAGGGCAGCAAGAGCCCCCUGCAGCCAGGCACUUUAGCAACUCAGAGCGCCCCCGCAGGGUUCUCCCCCCAGCAGGCCCUCCUGACCCCCGGGGGGACCCCUGACUCGGGGAGCAGCCCGAUGCUGCAGCCCCUCAAGCUGUCCCCCUCCAGCGAGAACCUGUGCUCGGCCUACACCAGCGACGCCGCCCUGUCCAUGCCCACCCUCUGCGCUCCCACAGCAGGCUGUGUAAAGUUCAGCUGUGGGUCGGAGAGAGUGACCUUCAAACCAGGUGGCAGAAGGACCCGAUUUCUGAGUACGCCCUGCUUGGCUCUUUGGAAGAUGGUGAAAAAAGUGUGCCCCUGCAACCAGCUCUGUAGGACGAGCAGCACCAACACGGUCAGCGGGGCGGGCCAGCAGAACCAGCAGCCUGCCACCCUGCCCGCCACCCGCAAGGGCACCUUCACCGACGACCUGCACAAGCUGGUGGACAACUGGGCCCGGGACGCCAUGAGCCUGUCGCAGGGCAAGAGGGGCUCCAAGCAGUCCUCCCACCCGCAGCCCCCCUCCCAGGGCCACAACUACGAUAUGAUCCCUCCAGCCAACAUGGGGCGCAAGUUCUCGGCGCCGGGGCACCUGUGCCCCACCCUGGGGUCCUCCCUGAGCGGCUCGGCGGCGCUCCCCAACACCCCCGCUACCUCGCUGGGGACCCGCAAGGGCUCCCUGUGCCCCACGCCGCAGUACGGCUUCACCUCCGCGCCUUACGGCCAGUGGGCCGGCUCGGCGGGCCACACCCAGGCCGGGCUGCUGGCCACCUCGCAGCCCCUGGCCCAGUUCCCGCCCGUGGGCGGGGCCGCCCUGCAGGGCUUCCACAUCAGCACUUUGCAGAAAUCCGUCAGCAACCCCGGAGGCCCCAACCUGAGGACCACGUAGGCCCCGGGGUAGUGCCGGGGCCCAGACAGAGGGGAGGGGUAGGCCAGAGGGGGAGGGGGCGUGCGUGCGACAGGGUGGCGACAGGUUCCGGACUGCUUCCGAAAUUGUUUUUUCUUUUUCCCCUCCCUGGGCGGAAAGAGGCAGAGGAGGAGGAGGAAGAAGUAAGGGCAGAAGCAAAGCCAGGCGGGGUCUUCAUCGUCUUCAGCGCUUCUGCUAUUUUUUUUUUUUGUUGUUACUAUUUUUAUUUCCCACCGCCACGCGCUGGAGGGUGCGCCUCUCCAGAGCACGCCCCCCUCCCCUGAAGGGGUCCCGGACAGUCUGCGAGGGGACCCGCGGCAACGCAGAGCAAACCAAUGGACACAAGGGUGCAAUGUUUAGCGGCCAAAGAAGGCGUUGACGGAGACUGCAGCGGAGGUCCCUGUGGACCCCCGGCGUUUGCUCCACAGCGGGACGAGCCCGCAGGAGGUGCUGCUCGCAGGGUUCACUGGGCUGGUGUGGGCCGCCGUAAAGAGGCCGUCUUACACCCCUUCUCUAACCCCGCCCCCCCCCCCCCCACCUCCCUCCUCCCAAGCACACGCUCUCUGCUUCCCUUUACAAAAGCAAGCUGUGUGACGCACCAGUUUGAGACAGGCCUGUCGUUUUAGGACGCGGGCUGGAGCAAGAGUCGGUACUGGCUCCCCGUUGCUGGUCAGACGGCAGAUGUAAAUAAGCCCCGCCCCCCAAACCAGUGUAUUUUCCACGCGAUGCAAUAAUCGGUGUAAUGCGACGUGUCCGUUUUUACGCAAGAAAAAAAACAAGCGAAGUGGCCUUCAUCUGAAAUGUCCAUGUACAGUUUUUUUUGUCUUAGUUUUUUUUUCGGUUAUGUUUGCCUUUAUGUUGAGCUGUAUUAUUUUCUGGUUGUUUUCCCUCUCUGCAUUACCCCCGAUAGCUGGGUGAGCGAGUGAGAGUGAGGAGUUGGGCGUGGCAUCCCUGCUUGUGUUUGUAGCGUCACACCCCCCCCUUCCCACCACAGCAUCUAUACCCCAGACUGGGGGUGUGCGAGCGGGACGUCCCGGUCUGGGAAUACGGUGGGGUAUGACUUACCCCCUCUUCUGGGGGGAAGGUGCCUAAUUUGAGAAAUCGCCAGAUUGUUUCCACUUCAGUUACGGCAUCAGUGGAGGAGUAUGUCCUUAAGUUGCUUUCUUGUCUUAUUUGAUUGGUUAUGAAAUAAGGGGUUGUAUAGUAUUAUCAGUUCCAUCUGUCCUGUCUGGCCAAGUGUAGGGGAGGGGAGCGGAAGGUUGCUAGGAGACCGUCGGCUGCAUGGUAUAUAAAAGCCCUGGUGCCUCUGCACACGAUGCUUGUGAGGCUGUUAAAGCUUUAAAAAAAAACAAAAUCUAUUAUCUAUUACUAUGGUAACAGCUUUUAUAAUCAUGACAGCAUUAGGGGCCUCUGUCAAUAGUUUGAUUGAAAUGUAUAUUUAAAAAAAGCAAAAGAAAAAAGAUAAGUGUUCUGUAUGGACCUGUAUUUACCCAUCAGUUUUUGAUGUUGAAACACUGUGAUUAUUAUAAAUGUUGUUGGACAACAUUAGUUUAAAGGCAAGAAAAGAAAAAAAAAAUUCACGAAAAAAGUGGAACUUGGAGGGUUAUUAAGAAUAGAGUAAAGUAAGGCUAGCUAUUUCCUUAUACAAUGCUUAUUGGAGACACUUUAAACUUUACCCUUUGUACUUUCUUUAUAUUAGAUAAAUGUGAAUGUAAAAUGGUUUCAAUUAAUGUACUUGAAUAACUGGUCCUUUCCUCCCCCAUAACCCAGUAUGCUGGCUGGAGUCUAUAGUGCCUUGCAUCUUUCAUUUGCUUUGGGUUUGACGUUGAGUAGCGGAAGCACUAACACUUUGUGCUAAAAUUGGAGUGCUUUUACUGGCCCUGUGGAUUGAGCAAACGGUUUAGGUACACCAUGGGGGUGGGAUUUGUUUUGGUGCCAUUUUUUAUUCUGUUUAAGAGAAAAAAGAAAAAAAAACUUUGGAUUCUGAUGACUUGCGUCCUAGACUCGUUUGAGCGUCGGACCGAGUUGUAUUGAAGCUUGGACAGCUAUAUAUGAGGUGAGUGCACCCCAUUGCAGUGCAUGUCAUUGGUAAGAACAGGGGUAGGUACAGCUGAAAACUACAUUAAUGCAGUUGAAAACGCGCGCGUGUUUGUCCUGGUUCUGAGCUCUAUAACAUAUUAGGCACGCUCAGUCCCUUUGGUCCUACCUACAUGUGGAUUACCAUUGAAAUGAUCCCAAUUUGGCUUUCGUAUUACCCUUCAUAAUUUUAGAAAGCUGAAAGUGAAACCUCGCUAAAGUUCCAUCUAUUACGGCAGCACACGAGAGCCUUGUGUUGAAGAAGAAAGGGGAAAGAAGGUGAGCUUGCGUCAGGAAAGUCGAUAACAAAAGUGUGAGAGUAUGUGUGGAUGUCUGAGAAAAUUAACAAUGUCGUUCUCUAGUACUAACUCUCCCACACGGAGCCGAGCUCAGGCUCCUGAAGAGGCAGCCUGGAGGUUCAGUCAUCGGCCCGUGUGUGGAGCCUUCAGGCAGUAGGUGUGACUGACCUUGGAAUGAUGUCAGCAGUGAAAGUGCAGUGCUACUGUAGGACCAGAGGGGGCAGUAGAGGGACAUUCAACUCAAGGCUCAAGGUGUGCUGCAUGGUUCGUCCCACACGCACUGCUGGAAGCUCAGUACAAGUAUUCUGUCAAGCAAGCACACCAGUUCCCUUACUUCCUUUUGUGCCGUCCUUGCGUUCAGCAGUCCCUGUGAUUAGCACAGGUUAGUAGCUUCUCUUCAAGGGAAUUCUCUUCAGUAAUAACGCCGUUCACUAAGCAAUCACACUUGGAUUGGUUUACUUUUUUGUAUGUGGUUCCUUGACGUUUCUGUUCCUCCAUUUGUGUUUAACCUGCGUACAGUAGCUGAAGCAUUCUGAAAACUAGCCUUUGGUGCGUGCCGGUCGGUGUGGGUCGCGGGUUAACCUGGGCGGUGCGUUUGCUGUGAGAGGUCACCACGGCGUCUCUGGCUGUGCUCGUUGCGGUUGGUUACGCAGAGCAGAAAGAACAUGACCUCGCACCCGAGGACACGCUCCCAAGCCUGGCUGGGCAGAGACCGGGACAAGCGGCUCUCCACACGCCUCCAAAGCACCGGCUAGAGCGUCAUAAAAGCAGCAGGCAAACAAGCGAACCGAGAACGUAAACGUGCACAUGGCCGGCACUUCCACGUUCCGGCAAAGGUCCUCCUCUCUGUUGCACCAGUCACGUGACAUCAGGAUGUCGACUCAUAGCGUAGCAACUGUGUCUCUGGUCAUCUGGGUGGGUGUCGUGGACUAGUCAGAUCUUAUACCUGUAGAGCAAAGAAGAAAAAAAAACAGUUCAUUUAGAGUCAAGGACUGUACAAAGCCAUAGUGCAGUGCUGGGUCGAUGUUUAAAGUGAAUACCUUAGAAAAGUGAAGUUUGUGGUGUUAACACUUGUCACCUUAACUACUGAUAGCUUACCAGGACUGCUAGAUUCAAAGGCUUUUCUUACCGCAUAGCUGUUCUUAAAUCAGUAAAACAUCUGGUACAGGAAGUCAAUUCUCUUAAAACCGAUAAAUGGAUCCUCUACAGUACAUUUUUGAGUCUUUGAGUGGGUAUGUUAGUUUUGUGGUCAAGUGUUCUUUUUCUUCCCACUUCACAGAACAUUGCUUUGCCCACUUGCAGAUUGUACUUUCCUACAGGAAAAGAAUCAGUACAGUAUUACAUAGCAUGAUUUUUUUUUUUAAGCUGUGAAAUCGCAUUUCUUCUUUUUCUUUUUUUUUUUUUUGCUUUCCAAAAAAGAAAAUGAAAUGUGUACAAUGCCAAUUGAGUGCCAUUCCCACGCAGAGUUAACGUGAGCAGACUCCGCUCACUUUGGAACUGAACAGGAGGCCGUGGCUGCAGUGUAGACUACGCAGUGUUCAGGGAGUGCCCUAGCAGAAAGACCCUUUUACGGUUUCUCACUUGUACAGAGGGAAGUUACUGAAUUUAAAAAAGUGUAUUAAUAUUCUAUUAUUUGGAAUGCAGACUUGUUUCCUUGUUUUUUUUUUAUUUUAUUCCUUUGCCUUCCUGUAAUGAAUGCUCUGCAACGUGCCGAUGCAUAGAAACGCCAUUCUCAAUGCAGUAACAAAACGCACCGGGUUUCAGUAAUGACCUUGUUUGUUUAUCCCGACAAAAAAAAAACCGCAUGCUAAGUUAUGUCACUGGUUAUAUUCACACAAAUGACUUCUAUAAAGAAAAAAAAAAAACAAUGCACACACAAAGCAUAAAGUCCAUUGAAUGAAAACAUUGUUUUAAAGUAACUGGUUUUAUUUGCAGAUAGCCCUCCUGUGGAAAAAAGUACAACAGAACAAUACUGUUACUUACUGCUACUGACCUGUCAUUAAGUUAUUUUGUUUUGUACUACUAUCUGAUUUCUUGUUUUACUCUUUUGUGUCUCUAGAUCUUCUAGUGACUUUCGUCAAUGGUUUUCCGUAUGCUAUUUAACAUUGUACAAAAAUGUUUAAAAAAAAACAAAACAUGUAGGGAAUCAUUGGCAGCAUUUAAUUGUAUGUUUGCACUAAGUAUAGGGUGUUCAAGCUUCAUAUAAAACUGCGCUUUGCGCUCCAAUAAAAGAAAUUUGUUACCUUAUUUGUAAACUUAAUAAACAAAAAUCAUUCAAAUGAA